AUGAAUUCAUCAGCAGAGGUGAUAUUCCCGGUGGGGUCUUCCGGUGACGAUAAGCCCUGCAUCUUCCGAUAUGACGUCGGCCCUACUGCUUUAAAGGCGACCAAGAACAGGGGAAGACCGAAAGGAGAAAACAAGCGCCAAGUCUCUCAGCGGAAAUCGAAAAUACCUGCUUUCGAGUUCAUUCAUAUUGACGGUCAUUCCGGCAUCCCAGGUGCCGACUCACGUAAGAUGAUUCGGAGACGAGUGAUGAUCAAUCAUAUUCAAUGUAAGAAAAAAGAUGAGGGGCACGCUUUGAGUCCUGGGCUAUCUCCACAGGUUGCCGGUGUUGACCCUUUCAACACAUUACCAAUUCGGUUCGAGCCAUAUGCACAUGAUCUUCUAAAAUACUACAUCACCACCGGAUGGCAGAAAUACUACUACAUUGAGAAACAUACUUCCUUCAACCCAAUUACGGAGUAUUGGAUCUCUCUAGUUAUGACUGAUGAUGCAUUUCUGCACACGAUUAUCGGGUGUGCAGAUCUGCACUUUUCUCCGGGCAAAGCGCCUCAAGCUUCUCUUACAACCAUAAAGCAUUUGAAUGCUGCAAUUUCAAUUGUGAAUAAGCGCAUUGUGAAUAAUGAGAUUCCCACUGAUGCAACUCUGGUCAUUGUUGCCACAAUGGCUCUUAUGGAGGUCAGUACUUAA